AUGCCAGCAUUUCAGAUCGGGUGGUACAGGUUCGUACCGUUCCUGGGAUACCACCAUGUGUUGAUGAUUCUGAUAGCUGUGGCUAUAAUCCUCCUAUACAUCUUCCUCCUCUCCCUCUACUACCAGCACUACCAGGCCGUGCCCGACACGGCGCAGGUUGACUACAAUGUCAACACCGCCAUCUCCAACAUUGUCGGCAGCGCCCACCUCCAGGCGCGCGUCGGCUACUUUGGCAUCUGCGUCAACCCGGACGGCGGCUCGUGGCUGUGCAGUAAUAACGCUACCGCGCUGGCCAACGAGGUCAGCGUGGAUCAGGACCCUCUGAACCUGAUCUGGCUCGCCAGCCAGUUCAAGGACAUGAUCGUCUUCCCUUACCUGAUCAUCAUUGCCAUCAUCUUCGCCUUCAUCUGCCUGCUCCUGCUCGCCACCUUCCCCGGCUGGCACGAGGAGGAGGACAGCGAGGGCUCCGAGCGCGAGGUCAAGCCGUUCCCCAGCCGGCCCGUCUCGCAGAUCGCGCUGGCAAUCAUCUUCAUCGCCUCCAUCUUCGUCCUGGUCUCGGUCUUGUGGCAGCACACGGCCUCUGUGGCCGCCAGCAUCAUUGCCCAAGACCUAGCCAACGGUUCGGUCAAGUCGGGAGUGGGCACAAGUGCCAUGGUUAUGGGCUGGUUCAGCUUCACCCUGCUGAUCAUCGUCACGAUCGGCCUGCUUGUCAUGAUCCUGAGUAUCCGCGUGCUGAACGAUAUGGCCGGUUAG